AUGAAGCUCUCAACCUUCUCAAUUUUUCCCAUGUUUCUUUUCAUUUUACUAUCAUCUACAUCCGCGCAACAACCAUCUUCAAAGCAAAACAGUUUUCGUCAAUGCCUCUCAUAUUACUCUAAUGCUUCUAUUCCCUUCUCUAGUACAUUUUUCACCCCAAACAGUUCUGCAUUCACUACCGUCCUAAAUUCAACGGCACAAAACCUCAGGUACUUGCUCCCUUCAAAGCCAAAACCAGAGUUCAUUUUCAGGCCAACUGAUGAUUCCCAAGUUCAAAGUGCUGUUGUUUGCUCAAAAAAGCUUGGUAUACAUCUUAGGGUCCGAAGCGGAGGACAUGAUUAUGAAGGUCUCUCAUAUGUGUCCCAAAUUGAAAACCCUUUCAUUAUCAUAGACCUUGCCAAGCUUCGGUCAGUUAAUGUCAAUAUCCGAGCUAAUAGUGCAUGGAUUCAAGUUGGAGCCACUCUUGGUGAACUUUACUAUAGAAUUGCAGAAAAAAGCAGCACUCACGGCUUCCCAGCUGGUAUCUACACAAGUGUAGGUGUGGGAGGCCAUAUAACUGGAGGUGCAUAUGGUACUUUGAUGAGAAAAUAUGGCCUUGCAGCUGAUAACGUCCUGGACGCCAAAAUCGUUGAUGCCAACGGCAGAAUUCUCGACCGAAAGACCAUGGGAGAAGACCUGUUUUGGGCAAUCAGAGGUGGUGGAGGAGGAAGCUUUGGAAUCAUCCUGUGGUGGAAGAUAAAAUUAGUUCCUGUUCCAUCAACUGUGACAGUUUUUAGACUUGCCAGGACCUUGGAACAAGGUGCCACAAAGCUUCUCCACAGAUGGCAACAAGUAGCCGCUACUAAGCUCGAUAAAGAUCUCAAUAUAAGAGUUCUGAUAACACCAACAGUAGUGGACAGCAAAAGUGGCAACAGAACUGUCACAAUUAUUUACGAAGGUCAGUUCCUUGGAGGAGUUAAAAGGCUCCUUGAGGUUACGCAAACACAGUUCCCCGAGCUGAACUUGACAAGAAAAGAUUGUACGCAGACAAGUUGGCUCAACUCUGUGAUGUUCCUAGCAGGUUAUGAAAAUGGAACUCGUCCUGAGGUUUUGCUUGAAGCAAAACCCACAUUCAGGAACUACUUCAAAGCAAAAUCAGACUUUGCCAAAGUCCCAAUUCCUGAAGCUGCGCUAGAGGGUCUAUGGAAAAGAUUGUUGGAAGAACCCACUCCUCUGAUUAUUUUUAAUCCAUAUGGCGGAGUGAUGAGCAAAAUUCCAGAGUCAGCUAUACCCUUCCCGCACAGAAACGUUCUCUUCAAAAUCCAGUACGUGACUACAUGGCAAUCUGCAAAUGAAAACGAGGCAACUCAUAUAAAUUGGAUCAGGAUGGUCUACGACUACAUGACUCCUUAUGUCACAAAAUCCCCAAGGCAAGCAUAUGUGAAUUAUAGGGAUCUUGAUCUGGGGAUAAACAAGAAGAACACUAGCAUCGCUGAAGCAAGUGCUUGGGGUACCAUGUAUUUCAAGAACAACUUUUACAGAUUGAUAAAGAUUAAAACCAAAGUUGAUCCUCACAACUUCUUCAGACACGAACAGAGCAUCCCACCUCUUGCUCUCCAUGCCAGACAAACUAGGAACUAG